CGCAAACGCGCGCACGCAUAAUCUAAAAGAGAGAUCAGCUACAGUAAGAUUAAUUAUAUAUCAGGGUCAGUACUUAUUCAGCGAACAAAACAAACAGGUAAUAACCUGGUUUUUAUAUCCAAUAACAACAAAAACAAUUGCACUAAUUCUAACAAUUCUUCAGACAUUUUGAUGCUGGUGAAAAAACGAACCCUCCUGUAGAACUAUGGUCAUUAUGAAGUAAAAAAAAGAAGUCUGGUUUCAAAGUUAUGCCUCAUGUAACUGUUUUUAAUGUCGUUUCCCAGAAAUAUCCAUCUAUAACCUCAUAUUGUGUUUCUUUGAGCGGAUACCGCCACUUACAUCUGCUGUAUUUCACCAUGAAUGACUGCAUCUACAGGUUGAUAUUUCUAUUUUUUCUAUUAUUUUUCUUUUACCUUGGAUAUCGACAAACAUUGCCAUCAAGAGGAGUAAAUAGAUAAAGGAACAUAAACGGGAUGCCUUCUAGAGCUAAUUCACCCCAGGCAGAUGACAUGGAUCCUUUGGCUGGUCCUGACGAUAACACACAGGCUUCAUCUUCACAUCGUGGUAUUUCCUACGUUACGGCAAGUAUAUUUAUUAUUGGAGAAAUUGCCGGAACUGGUCUGCUUACUCUACCUAAGGCUUUGGAAGAUACGGGAUGGAUCGGAAUACUGGUUGUCACCUUAGGCUGUGCUUUAUCAACUUUUACGGGAAUAACUUUAUCAAAGAACUGGUGUAUACUGGUGGACAGGUACUCGGAGUACAUGGAAAAUAACCAGCAUCCUUAUCCAACAUUGGGCCAGAUAACGUUCGGAAAAUUUGGCAGGUACAUCGUAUCUUGCUGUAUCAACUUCACACUAUUCGGCGGCUGUGUAGUCUUCCUUUUGCUGGGUGCCACAUUGCUAACAGAUCUGACUGCUCCAACCUUACCUCUCUGUCAUUCAGUAGUAGUAAUUGCAGGAGCACUGGUUCCCAUUUCCUGGCUUGGAACUCCCAAAGACUUUUGGCCUUUGGCUGUAGUUGCCACGUUCUCAACUGCUUGCUGUGCAGUGUGCAUUCUGGUAUUGAUUGAGCAGGAUUACGAAAACAGUGUGGUUUCUGCUGUUGAACACACGCCACCGGACUUCAAUUCUUUCUUCAGAGGUUUCGGAACAUUUGUAUACUCUUUUGGAGGUCAUUCUGUUUUCCUGACCAUCCAAGCUGAUAUGAAAGUGAAACAACAUUUCUCGAAGUCGUUGUAUCUGGGAUACGCUAUUACUUUAUUGAUUUACCUACCGGUCACAAUAUUCGGGUAUUUAGUCUUCGGCAAUCGCUUAACAUUCAACGUCUUGGAGAUCAUCACAGAAAGUCGUCUUCUUUUUGCCACCAAAAUAACUAUCUUUGUUCAUAUUACUCUGGCAUUUAUAAUACUCCUGAACCCAGUUUGUCAAGAAUUUGAAUAUUUUCUAAAUGUACCAAAUCGGUUUCAUUGGAAGCGGUGCUUACUUCGUCUAAUAAUCAUGCUCUGCAUCGUAUUUAUGGCAGUUAGUGUUCCAAACUUUGGUUCCAUUCUCUCUCUCAUCGGCAGCUCUACUAUAACUCUCUUGAGUUUUCUCUUCCCGUCUUUAUUCUACUUAAAACUCGCCAAACAAAAGGGUCCAUGGAAACAAAUUGAUAUUCCACUGCAUAUCCUGGUCAUUCAUUUGGAAAUCAUCGUGGUCGGAUUAUUUGCAGCAGCGUCAGCAACAUACUCUUCUUUAGAACAAAUGAUCACUAGUAGCUUUGUUAGUCCUUGUUAUACGUGAACUUAUUUAAACAUUGGCUAUAUUUUUUUAUAUCAUUAAUGAUCCAUCAUUAUUUUAAAACUAAAAAUAUCAUUUUUACCCACAAUUCCGGGAACAUUUCAGGAAGCUUAACAGUAGCAAUACUGUGCCAAUUCCCGUAAAAAUUUUAUGCUGAAGUUAUUCCGAUAAAGGAAAUUUUCAAAAUAUAGUAAUAAAAUUUUCAAGUGAGAUUUAAAAAAAAUAUAUGUAUUAUAUUUAUGUCUAUGCAAUUUUCAAAAGUUUUUUUUUUAAUAUAUAUAAAACACAUGCUCAAUAGUAACUUCGUUUAUCCUUGUUAUGUGUGAAUAUAUUUAAAACAUUGAGACUACUUUAUAUAUCAUUUGCCCAUUUUUUAUUUAUAAAAUGCUGGUUACCCACAUCUCCUGGAAUGUUCGAGAAAGUUUUAACAUUAAUAUUAUUGUAAAAUUUUCAAUAAAAAUUUAAAGCUGAA